GGGCGGAUUUCGGGCCCGGCCAGCAGGGCCGGCCCGGGCGGUGAGCGGCGCCCCCUGCGGGCCGCAGCGGGGCGGGACAGCUCUGCGCAGCCCCGGCUCCGACACGGAUGUGGUGGCUGCGGGCCCUUGGGACGGUCUGGCUACAGGACAAGUCCCGUGCCCCAGCACAUCAGGAUCUGUGCGGAGCACGCGGGCCGCGCCAGCACCUGGCGAGGACAGCGGGCUUCAGAUGUACUGUCUGGUGGUCCCCUCCUGGCAGUGCUCACAGCAGCGCUGAGAGUAUUGCCCUGGGUAGCAGCUGCGGCGCAAAGGGAGGGGACAGGACAGGACAGGACAGGACAGCUCGGCCCAGGGGGUUUUGGGGUGCGAAUCGUUCCCGCUGAACGCUCCGGUCAAAUACCUCCGCUCCCACGCGGAGCCAGCAGGGGGCGCCGCCGCCGCCCCGGGUAGGAGCCCCCUGCGGGCGGGCAGUGGAAGGGCUGGCGAUCAUCACGUGACCAGGACGCGGAAGUGCCUGCAGGAAGGGGGGGCAGCUGCUUCCGGUGCGGGACGAGGCGGACGCGGGCAGGGCCGGGGCCGCACCGACAGCGUCCCGCUAUGAGAGAGGCGCCGCGAGCCGCAGCAAAACACUAAAUUUGUAAUGAAAUGGAGUCUGGGUCAAGCUCCUUUCGAGUGGAAUUUCCAGAUUUUUCUAGCACCAUAUUGCAGAAGUUAAACCAACAGCGCCAGCAAGGACAAUUAUGUGAUGUGUCCAUUGUGGUUCAAGGCCAUCUUUUCAGAGCCCAUAAAGCUGUUCUUGCAGCUAGUUCACCUUACUUCUGUGAUCAGGUUCUCCUGAAAAACAGCAGGCGAAUAGUCCUGCCUGAUGUGAUGAAUCCUAGAGUAUUUGAAAACAUUCUUCUGUCUACCUAUACAGGCCGUCUGGUAAUGCCUGCACCAGAAAUUGUUAGUUAUCUGACAGCAGCAAGUUUCCUUCAGAUGUGGCACGUAGUGGAUAAGUGCACUGAAGUGCUUGAGGGAAACCCAACAGUUCUGUGUCAGAAGAUGAAUCAUGGCAGUGACCAUCAGUCCCCAAGCAGUAGUAGCUACAAUGGCCUUGUUGAAACCUUUGAACUUGGCUCUGGAGGACAGACAGAAUUCCACAAAGUGCAGGAACUAAGGGAUGGUGAAAAUGAAGAAGAGAGCUCUAAAGAUGAACUGUCGUGUCAGCUGACAGAACAUGAGUAUCUUCCCAGUAAUUCUUCAACAGAACACGAUAGACUUAGCACUGGAAUGACCAGUCAGGAUGGGGAAGAGGGAACUAGCGAUAGUGCAGAGUACCAGUAUACCAGACCAAUGUAUAGCAAACCCAGCAUCAUGUCUCACAAGCGGUGGAUCCAUGUGAAACCAGAAAGGUUUGAACAAGACUGUGAAGGCGUUGAUAAUCCUUAUGAUGAACACCAAGUUUCUGAAUCCAUGAAUACCAUCCAGGCAGAUCACUCAAUCCAGUCUUCAGGUGUUGAAGAUUUUCACAUAGGUGACAAAAAGAUGGAAGCAGAAUUUGAUGAACAGGCAGAUGAAAGUAAUUAUGAUGAACAAGUUGACUUCUAUGGGUCGUCUAUGGAAGAAUUUUCUGGUGAAAGGGCAGAUGGAAAUUUAAGUGCUCACAGACAGGAUCUUAUGAUGGCAGCAGGCUAUGGUGAAAGCAUUGAUAUGGCUGCUGGGAUUAAAGAAGAAACGUCUCUCACUGGAUUCUCCCAUGCCGAUAAGCUCUAUCCUUGUCAGUGUGGAAAAAGCUUUACACACAAAAGUCAGAGAGAUCGGCAUAUGAGUAUGCACCUUGGUCUUCGACCUUAUGGCUGUGGUGUCUGUGGUAAGAAAUUCAAAAUGAAACACCAUCUUGUAGGCCAUAUGAAAAUUCAUACAGGCAUAAAACCGUAUGAGUGUAACAUCUGUGGGAAAAGAUUUAUGUGGCGGGACAGUUUUCAUCGGCAUGUGACCUCCUGUACCAAGUCCUAUCAGGCUUCUAAAGCUGAGCAGAAUACUACUGAGAUGAACUAAGACAUUAGUGCUUACAUUUGUUUGGUAGAGUAAGAAAAAUAAACUAAUUAUGCAAAUAAUGUCUGGUACUUGCUAUUGUACAUUCUCAAAAAAAAAGUUUUAAUAAGUAUGCUGGUAUAAACAGAUCAAAUGUAUUUUGCUUCCUGCAAUAUUACUUCGGGUGUUUAUUGUGGGAAGUGCAUGUGGUUAAUCUGAAAGGUGCCUGCAAAAUGAGGUCUGAGAUCGAUUGUAAUCACAGCAGUAUUUAGAAGCCGUCUUGUAUUUCCAAGUCAUCUAAAUUCACAGUAAAACUCAGCUCUAAAUUGCCAAAAAUCCUGAAAAUACUUAGAUGAAUGAGAAAUUCAGGUUCUCAGGUUCCAUUAAUUUUCCUUAAUGGAAAAGAAAAUUAAGAUGAUCAAACUGGCUUAUACGACUCACAUUUAAAUGAAGAAAAAAAAGAGAAUUCCAUCUCAAGGUGAAGACUGCCAACAUACUUAACAUGCAUCAUUAGGUAGUGUGCAUCAUUCAGUAGCCUUUGUUGUAUUGCUUAAUGAAAGGCAGUGGUAAAGGUGGUUUGGCUUUCCAUUAUCCAUAUUCUUUUUUAAAAAUUUUUCUUCAGUAAAAUAAAUGUCUAAUUUUGUGCUGAUUUCUAUUUAGAGUCUGUAAUGCACUUACAGUUUUCACUAUAUAAACUUCAGUAUAUAUUAAGUAUACGUCAUACUUGCUCUUCUAGGGUCUAAUGCUGUACGACUCUUGACUUCAUUAGAUUUUAAUUACUAUGUUGUGAGAGCUUCUAGAAGUGUGUGUAAUAAGUAUGUCUUAUUAAAAAAUAAGACACCAACUAAAAGUAAAAUGUAACGUUUGGAACUUAGUCAAAACGGUCAAAUAUUUAAAGUGUAAAUUUCUGUUCAAAUUUUUGUGGCUUACUACAGUAGCAAGUACCAAACUCUGGAUUCAUGAACUGACUUGUUAUUGGUACAAAAACUUCUUUGAGAACUUCUAUCUAGUUUUAGAAACCUACUUGAGGAAAAUUACAUAGUCAUUGAUAGGUAUUUAUACUUUUAAUUCUUUACUAUUUGAAUAGUAUAUAAUACUGAUUCUUGGUACUGAACUACUGUGACUGGUAAUCACAAGCAGAGAUCUUGUUUACUUCCUCAAAGUUGCUUGUGGAAAAAAGUAGGAAGCAUGUGAUUUGGAUCUUCUAAUGGUACUGCAGAACAUGGUACCAUGCUUAUGUCUGAAGCUGGUAUUUUUGCUGAGAAAGUGACACUUGUUCUAUGUUAAGAUGAAGAUCUAUGUGUGGGGCUCUCAUUCAUGGAGAUAGAUGGAGCAGUGAGUAUAGUUCUAAGGGAUGCUGCCAGCUCUGCAGAUUGAGUAAAGGCAUCCGUUGAAAGGUGACAACAGGAUCUUGGGGUUGAAAGCUUAAUGCAGUCCAAUGCAAAAGCAAUUGCUUCUUAGUAAGCAAAAGCUUCUUCGUAGCUUACUGAAAUAUGACAAGGGAAGAACAUACAUAGAAUAUAAUAGAAAGAGGUGAUAACCAAGUACAGUGCUGUCCACAUGGGGAAAAAGUUAACCAGCUUUAAAGACCUAAGCCUCUCUGGCCCCAAUUUCUGUAUUAGGCACUGCUGUGUGCAGGAUAAUGUACUGGAACAGAUGACCCUGUAUGGUGAAGCAAAGCCACACAAAGAUUAUUACACUUCAGAUUCUUUUUUGAACUCCCAGUUACAAAUUGUCUUAAGGUACAACUGAACUGUAUCCUGAAAGUGAAUGUCUGCUGCAAGAUGAGGGUUUUCUACUCAGUGAGCUGUAAUUACUGUAAUUUCUUUACUGGCAUUCUACUUAAAAACCUUUUUUUUUUUUAAGAGGCUCUUAAUUAUUAAUCUUCUAAUGCUUCAAAUAUUUUUUCAUAUGGAAUACAGAUGCUCCCAAGUACAAUGAACCCAUUGCUGGCAAUGGGCAUAAAUGAUCAGCGCCACAGAGUUCCUGUUCUCAGCACUUAAUUAAACUCUACAAAUACCAUGGUGGCUAUGUUUAACCUUUGUGAUCAAGGUACUGAAACAGGGAUUUUGCUCAUUAACACUGUAACCUGCUUAAUGUAUAGCACUUUGUAUUUAAACAAAACAAAACCAAAAAAAAAAAAAAAAAACCACAAAAAAAAACCCAACCCCCCCCAAAAAAAAAAAAAAACCAAAACAAAAAAAAAAAAAACCAAACAAAAAAACCCAAAAAAAAACCCCAAAAAAAAAAAAAAAACCCAAAACAAACAAACAAAAAAAAAGACCAAACCAUAAUACUUUAUAAGUAUGUUUUUUAAACUUAGAAAUUAUAUUCCCUCUAUGGUUUGUUUACACACUACUAACACUGUCCUUUUUAAUACUAAAAAAUACUAUAAUGCUUGCCUGUUUACAUGAGGGUAGAGGAAAGGGUUCUUGCACUCAGUGGCCCUAUUUUUCCAUUCUCCAAGGCCUUACCCCAUACAUGGUGUCAUUUCUGCAAGUACCAUCAUCACAUUUGAAGGAAGGCAUUAGACUCAUAGACUGGUUUGGGUUGGAAGGAGAUUUUGAAGGUCAUCUACUUCCAACUCUCCUGCCAUAGAUAUGGACACCUUCAACUAGGCCAGGUUGCUCAGAGCCCCAUCCAACCUGGCCUUGAACGUGUCCAGGGUGUUUAUUUUCAUAUUCAUUUCAAGAAUGAUCUUGUGUAUUACAUUAGUUCUCAGCCCCUUUCCAAUUGUCACUUUAUUUUUGCAUAAAAAGGUUAAGGGUGCCUCUUCCCAUUUAACCAUAAAAAAGGCUGGACAGAAACACCAGUCUGAAAACUGUGGUCAAAAAAAAAAGUUGAACUCAGACCAUCCUACAGAGCUGCCAGCAAAACUGUUUCUUUUACCAGCUUAGAAUGACUUUUAUAUGGGAUAUUUCAAGGUUUGAUGUUACUUCUAUUUGCAGUUAGAUUACUUUGAAAUAAAGCUUUAAAAUCAAAUGUACUGCGAGAGACACUUUAAAGAUUUUAUAACAGGUUCAGUAGAUCAUAUUAUAGAACCAUUUCCUUUUUUAAUGACUUAGCAUGAAUAGGAACUUUUUAGUAUUUGCCUCUUGCUGUUUUACCCCAUGUUAUGGCAUUGUCUUGAAACUCUAGCAAAUGUUGCUCCACUGAUUUUUGUAGAACUUGGCUUUCUGCUGUUAAUUUACAUGAAACCAAUUGAUUGCAGGAAAAUACUGAUCUGAUUGUCAUGACUUCAGGUUGAGAGGAUUGAUGAUUUAAGGACAACUUGAGAUACAUGUCUAAAAUCCUUAUUUUUGCAUGUCACAGGUGAAACAGUUGUCUUGUGGUGUUUUUCUUGAACUCAGUUUAUUGCCCUUUGUGAAAUUUCUAAUCACCAUUUCAGGUACUGGGGAGGAAGAUAAAAAAUCACUUAAACCAUCUUCCUCAGGCCCAGCUUAAGUCUAACACCUCUUCUCCCUGCCUUUGUAUUCUCAGUUUCCCUUGCUUUCACCAAGAGUUGUAUUCAGUUCCUGCCAUUUCCUUUAGUAAGGUGACAGGUCACAGAGGAGGUUGGGGUCAUAUGCACAGUUCCUUGUCUGAUACUUUUCAUUUCUUAGUGGGUGUCUUCUGGUGCUUUGGCCUGGUCAGUGGUGACACUGGGCCACAGUCCCUUCAGGGAUGUGUCUGUUCCAGCCUGGUUCUUCUGUGAAACUCAGUUAUUUCAGAGGUGUACCUGCUCUGGCAGGGCUUUAGCUGUAGGCCAAAGUCAUCUUAGAAGUGAAUCUCCUCAGGCAGGAAGUGUUUCCUUCUGUGAGUGUGUCUAUACAUGUUCUCAGUGGCUUCAGGUGUUUUCCCGAGAGCAGCUCUUCAGUUUCUCCACCUGUCCCCAGGAGUAUUUUUUCCAUGUGUCUCCCGGCACCUCUUGCUAGCAGCUGCCACUCUUCCUUAAGUAUAAUUAAGCAGAAGCAUUAUGUGCACCUCUGGUUGAGAUUUUGGCUUGCAGUGGAUUGUUCUCCUCCAUUUUUUGUGCACGCUGAACUUCUUUUGACUAGUGCAGGGCAGCCUGCACACUCUAGCCACGCAUCACCUCUGCCACUGUUGGCCAGUGCAGUUGAACAUAGCAAGCCAAGAUAUACAGAUGCAGCUUCUGUCAAGCUUCUGAUCUUUGCUAAUGGAGUGGUCUUGUUCAAGGUAUGAAAAUUUUUUUCUUACUUAUGGGGAGGAGGGAAGCAAUCCAUAUAUAUAUAUGUAUAUAUAUAAUAUGACUGCAUAUGUAUAUGAUGAAUUUCAUUAAUCUUCCCGUAUGCUUCAUUACCUUUGAUGAUGUGGCUGUUGGCUGUAGUAAAGUGAGUGUCUUCUGAAAACCAGCAAUAUUGUAUACCCAGGUGGCUUUCAGACUUUCCUGCUGCUUUGAAGCCAUUCAUUGUCCUAGCAGUGGCAAGAAGACUUAAUGAUACUACAGCUAAGUUCCUUUUCAUUCCAUUUUGUAACUAUGAUGUUAAUUACCAUGGAAUCUGUCUAACUGCCAUUAUGAAAAAUUCAACUGUUAGCAGGGUUAAAAUCUGCUUAGGUGUAUAUCAAACCCUUUUGAGGGAGAAGGUUCCUAUUUCACACAUCAGUGUUGGUUUGCGGGGUGCUAUUUUGUUGUUUCAUUUUUUAAACUUUCCUUGUUAGUUUUAUGGAUGAGCAGAUAGACCCUAGAAGAUAUUGUCAGUACAGUUUUUGGUCACAGUUUUUUUCAUCUGAGGUGUGUCUGAGGUUGAGAAACCGUCCUGUAUCAUAAGCAAGGCAGAUGAUCAAAGGCUGAUGUAUUGAGCGUUCCAGUAUUACUGAUAGUGAAAGAAUGGAGGCAUAUCAGGGUUUGUAAUCUCAAUACUUUUGCCAGGGUGCCAGCAAGAUGACCUGUCUCUGAAUUAUGAGAGCCCACAGCAGUACAUUGAGUGUUUUGCUAUAACAGAAUUAGGACCUUUCUCAAAGCAACAAAGGAAGGUUGGGUUUUUUGUCUUUUAAGUGCUUCAUUGGGUAGCUUGGCUUCUUUAGCUAUUAGCUGUAAACUGUCAGUGGCCUAGGAGAAGAUGCCGGAAAAGAAGAUGGUAUAUUUUUAAUGUGAUUAAAUUGCAAGUUCUGAUUUUUGCUUGAA